AUGGAGUCUGUCAAGCAAGCCGCCAACUACGUCUCUGAGACUGUUCAGGGUGCCGUGUCUGGUGCCAGCCACGAGGCGAACAAGGAGGUUGCCAAGGACAGCAACGCCAAUGUUGGCACUCGUUUGAGUGCGGCCAAGGACGCCGUCGGUGACAAGAUCGACCAGAACGCCCACGAUGGCAAGGCCGAGGUCCACAAGCAGGCUGCCAAGAACUAA